AUGAAAUAGUUAGACUCUCGUUUGCCAUCUGCAAUUCACAGUAGACGAAUUCUCACUCAAUUCACUUCAGCAUUAGAUAUCUGCAGAAUCAAUUUGAAAUCUCGUUCUGAAGUCCGAUGCAAAACAGAUGCAACAAUACUGAAAACAGAAGGAACAAUACUAAAAACCGAACAUGGCACAUGCACUACCGAAGACGAGUUUUUGCCCAUAUUCGGCAGCGUAGACUUGUGGUCUAUUUUGGGUUAGAAGGAUUUCUACUUCACCCAAUCCCCAAAAGAAAUCAAAUUACUGUAACAAGCUGAAACUGAAAUAAACUUAACUUAUAUGGACAUUCAAACCAUGAUCGCUGAAAUAGAGAGUGGGCACAUCACAACAAAAGGAUAAAUAUGCUUCAAAUAAACUUAGUUCUUUAGAUAAACUAAAUUACUCUACAUAACUUCAAAGUAGAGUUAAUAAUGUAUAUACAUUUGUUUGAUAUAAGGAAUGUAAUCAAAUAUGGAGGUAUAAUUAAAUUUUAAAAAUUUCUUGCUAAAUAUCUGGAGAUGUGAAACAAAGAAGUUGUGUGCUGGUUGCUAUUUUGAAAAUAUUCACAUCUUGGUUUGGGAUUAUUUGAGACAGUAGACUUGGAUAUUAUCUGGAUAAGAUCUUGAUUUACAACAUACACGUUCAUGUUAAAAUUUCAACAAUACUACCACCUAAUAUAGAGGCAAGAAAGUAAAGAGAAUUCUAUUUCACAAUAAUGAAAAUUAAAUGAAGAUGAAAAGCACUUCUUUAAAACAAUCCUUCCAUCAACCUAAGUUGGUAAUAGAAGAUAAAAUUGAUUUUGUUAUGGAUUUCAUCAAACCAAUUAUCUAGGAGAAAGAUCGAAUAAAUGAGGUGGUUACCAAAAUCAUGUGUCGAUAGAGCCAAACGGAAGAAUUAAAAUUUGAUAACAAAAAUCUUCACUCCAAAGGCAAAUUAAAUUAGUAUUAAAAAUAAUAUUUAUAAAUGAUUUCGCUUCCUUCAUUCAUCAAACAUCAAUUUGGGAUUCCUGAAAAACUCUUAAAACAAAGAUCGAAGAUGAUCAUAGACACAGAUUCUGGUGGCGAUGACAUUCAUGCUUUGUUGACAGCCUUCGAUUUGGCAACCAAAAAGAAUAUAGAAAUCAUUGGAAUCACUUGCAUCAAUGGAAACUCCUAUAUUGAUGAUGGAAUCAAAAACAUUUCCAUAGUUUAAAAAAUAGCUGGAGUGACUAUCCCCAUUUAUAAGGGAUGUGAUAGAAACUUGAAAUAAUAAAUCACAUUAAGUUCUAAAUUUUUUGGUGAUGAUGGAUUAAGUGGCCAUCAAGAAAGAUAUCUCAAAGAGUUAAAUAUAUCCUAAUAUCCAAUCCAGCCUGAACAUGCAGUUGAUUUCUUGAUAGAAAGUGCUGUUAAAUACAAGGAAGAAUUAGUAGUCAUAUGUCUGGGCGCAUUGACAAAUGUAGCAUGUGCUAUGAUGAAGACUGCAGACUUCGAAGAAAACGUAGGACAAAUAAUUAGUCUGUGUGGUAACAUUUUAGGAUUAGGAUUCAUGAAUGAUGGCGUGGCUGAAUAUAAUGUUCACACAGAUCCAGAGGCUGCUCACCUUGUCUUUAAGGUCCUAGCUAAGAAGCUCAUCGUCAUACCUUAUGAAGGAGUCAUCUCAGUAUCUGAAUUCACGAUUACAAAAGUUUUUGAAUAAGAUACAACAAUCAAAGGCAAAUUCAUUAAAGAGAUUUACGAAGGAAUGAAAAAUGCCAAUAACAGAUAUGAUAUUCAAGAUCCAUUAUGCAUACUAGUAGCCACCAUGCCAGACAUUAUCACUGAAUACGUUGAAAGACCUUGUAAUGUUAUUUUGGAAGGAGAAGGAAGAGGAAUGGUUUCAGUAAAAUGGUUAGAAAAAGAUCCAAAAGCAAAUUAAGUGACCUUCAUCUUAAAAGUAAACGAGAAUCAAUUAAUCUAAACUCUAAGCAAUGUUGUAAAUUGAUUCACCCAUACACAUUAAAAAAAUAAAUAAAUAA